AUGACAUCAAUACAAGAGCGCAAUACCAAGCUAGAUCAAAGUAUCAAUAAAUUCUUAAUAGAGGCGAUUGAGAAAGCAUUCAAAACUUAUGCAGAAAAGUCGGAACGAGAUUAUGAUUCUGAGCUUGAAGAAGAACUAAAAGAUAUAAUAUUUAUUUGUAAACCUGUAAGCAAGAAUCAUAUUCCCACUAAUAAUGCAGAAAUAAUGACCUAUAGUAAGGAAAUCGGUGGUACCCCAAGUGAUACACUUCAAGAUGACGGCACGAAUGCAAAUCAGUCAUUGUAG